AUUUUUUUGUCUUCCUCCAGAUUAACGAGUUAAAUAAUGUGCCUGUACCAGUAAUGCUGAUGCCGGAUGACUUUAAAGCCUACAGCAAAAUCAAAGUGGACAACCAUCUAUUUAACAAAGAAAACCUUCCUAGUCGCUUUAAGUUCAAAGAAUAUUGUCCCAUGGUGUUCAGAAACCUGAGGGAGAGGUUUUGCAUCGAUGACCAAGACUACCAGAACUCUCUGACACGGAGUGCUCCGCUCAACAGCGACUCCCAGGGUCGCUUUGGCAACCGCUUCCUCUCCAGCUACGACCACCGAUUUGUAAUCAAAACCGUAUCCAGUGAGGAUAUCGCUGAGAUGCACAACAUCUUGAAAAAAUACCACCAGUUUAUAGUGGAAUGUCACGGCAACACACUGCUGCCUCAGUUCCUGGGCAUGUACAGGCUAACAGUGGACGGGGUGGAGACGUAUAUGGUCGUGACCCGGAAUGUAUUCAGUCAUCACCUCACUGUGCAUCGCAAAUAUGACCUGAAGGGUUCUACUGUCUCAAGAGAAGCCAGUGACAAGGAAAAGGCAAAAGAGCUCCCCACUUUUAAAGACAACGACUUCCUCAACGAAGGCCAUAAACUGCAAAUAGGAGACGACAACAAGAAAUACUUUUUGGAGAAGCUAAAACGGGAUGUUGAGUUCUUGGCCACUCUCAAGAUCAUGGACUACAGUCUUCUAGUGGGGAUUCACGACGUGGAUCGAGCCGAGCAGGAGGAGAUGGAUGUGGAAGGUACUGCGGAUGAGGAAGAGUUUGAGAACGACGGGAUAGGCGGAGGCGUGCUGACCGGCUCAGUUGGGACUCCUCCAGACAGCCCAGGAAACCCUUUCAACUGUGGAGGAUUCUUUGAACCUGGGGACUUUGACCCCUCUGUUGAUGUUUACGCAAUCAAGAGCCAUGACAGUGCUGUCAAGAAGGAGGUGUACUUUAUGGCCAUCAUUGACAUCCUCACACAUUACGAUGCGAAGAAAAAAGCUGCACAUGCUGCCAAAACUGUGAAACACGGGGCGGGGGCCGAGAUCUCAACGGUGAACCCGGAGCAGUACUCCAAGCGCUUCUACGAAUUCAUGUCCAAUAUCCUGUCAUAAACUUUUCGCCUCUUUCUCUCUCACACAUGCACGCACACACACACACACACUUAAUUUCCACCUUUACCUAAAGAGGCCACAUCUCAGUCGAGUGAGGCCGUUACAUUUUUUUUAACAUAAAUGACAGAACCUUUCCUUUUUUGUACCCCUUUUUUGUUUGAGUUAAUACUGUUUGGUUUCUCGCCAGCACAGAAAGUGUCUCACUAUAAAUGCCUUGAACGCUUCUGCAGCCUCCUCACUUUUCUACUCAUGUUCUAACUCCACAAGCAGGCAGACGACACAAGCUCACUUCCGUCUUCUUUUUAGUACGAACACUUUGGAAUUAGAGGAAAUGUUGUGUUGAUUAUUAAAUGACUGCAUGGCUGACGUGCACAUGAGCCUUCAACAGUACGCUUGACAUUAAAACCACUGAACUAAAACAUCUGAGUGUUAAAAAAAAACAAAAACGAGAAAAAGGACAAAAAAACCCUGAGAAAAUUGGUGUUUGAAUGUUACGUUGCCAUAUUGUAUUUCUUAAUACUUUUGGAAUACCUGUGAGCUUGGUGAAGGUUGGUCAAAGAUGUGUUGAAAGUAAGAAUAAGACAACAGCAAAUACUUGUUUUAUCACAGUAAGACUCUUUUUUUUUUAUAUAUAUCUUGUUUACAUUGAUGUAGCAAUUUAGUGUUUGUAUACAGUAUUGUUUUGUUACCAACAGACGUUAGGGAAAACAACGGUGACUUGAAAAUGAUUCAUUGCAUAUUAAAGGGAGUUUUAUCUUG